AUGGAUCUCGGUCCGUUUUUGCAAUAUUUAGCCUCAAUAACAAACUCCGAUGAUCCGGGGCUGUUAGCCGAUCUUUAUGCCUUUCUUCCAGGGAUUUUGUCAAGAAUCGGCGGAAUACCCCCCAUUCUUGAGGAGCUUUCAGCAUCGCAGAUUUCAUGUCUUGCUGGCGGAAAGCUUUUAAAAUUUUGUUCGCAGCAAUGUCCCAGCGACUAUUUUGCGACAAGGCACUCUGUGCCCCGCAUACUACAAGCCGCAACUCCCCAUCUCAUUUGUCAGCUAUGGAUUUCGCUGGCAUUGCUUCCCAUCCGUUUGGUGUCUGUAGAGAGGGGAGGGCAUGUGAAGGCCUUAUCUUGGCUAAUUGAUUCGCUUUGUAGAACUUUUUUGCAGUUCACAGAGGCUGUCUCUAUUUGGAUCAAAUCUGAGGAUGAUGUUCCGGACCUCAGAUCGCAAAUGAUUGACAUUCUUUUCCCUUCUCCUAUGAAUGUUGAUUUUGCAUCUGGCGACGACUCCGUGCUAUCUUGCUUUUGCUCGCAAACAGGACUUGAUCUAUCGAGAGCAAUGCUAAUCAUCAACACGCUAUCGAUGGAAGAGAAGCCCAAUUAUAGGAUUGUGGAUGGUAUUUUUUGGAAGCUAUCGCUUUCCAACAUAAAGUUUCCGGAAUCAGAGUAUGAUAGGCUGAUCGCCCUGCUUGAAGAGCAGCCUUUUUCUUCAUCCCACUCAUUACAAGGAAAAAGGGAUCGCGUGAUGCUUGCUUCUCUUCGGUCAUCAAUUUUGGCCGAAAAAUUGCUUCAAGAAUCUUUGCUAUUUAAGUUUGAUUCGCAAGAUUGCCGCACAAAGGAGCACUCCUAUUGUAUCGACAGGGGUCUCUGCUGCUGGCAAAGUGAAUUUGACAUCCUUGAACGUGCAAUUAUUCCUCGUGUGCUCCUUUCACUUUCGGACGCUAUAUUUUGCGCAUAUUGGAUCCAAAAGUGCCAUGAGGCCGAAUGGCCGCUUUCUACUCUCAUUCUCCUUGAUCGUCUAUUUGGCGUGUCGAUCGUCUUGCUUUCCGGGCUCUCUUUGCAGGAAUCCAUCAACUUUGGCCGAUUUCUACGAGUUAUUCUGGAGUGGCUGUCAUCGAUUUCUCACAUCAAUAUACAAGAUCUCCCCUCAGAGGCAGUAGACACGCUUGCUUUUGCUUAUUCCGUGUCAGGUCAUAAGCUCGGAUUUUGCCCCCAUAUCAGGCGGACAAGGCGAAUGGUCCUAAACACCGCUUCUGUGGACUCCAAUUUAGAGUCAGCUAGAAUUUGCACCGAACCCAGUGCUAGCCCCAUCGUUAAUGAUGAAAACAUCUCGGCCACUUCUGAGUUGGUUCUUGGCUCAGAUCCUUCCGAAAAUGCGGCAGAAGAAACCCCCACCUGCGACGGUUAUGCAAAUUCUUCCUGUUUGCAUGCAUCUUCUGAAGAUGCAGCGGCCACCAGAUCGACAAAGUUCUGCUCCAUGCUGUCAAAUGCGACCUCCGCUGCUACUUCUGAUCCGUUAUCGUUUUCGCAAUUUGGCUCUGUCUUUCGCAAGUGGCAUAUCAAGCUUUAUAGGAGCUUUGCAAAGGUGCUAAAUUUAACCUCCCAUUGUAGAGAAAACUACACGUCUUAUUGCCGAACCCGGAAUGCGCUGGUGGUUUUAACGCUGUUGGUUGAUUCCGUAUUUCCUGUGCUCGAUACCCAUGGGAUGGGACUAGAACGACUUAUCUCUCCUCUGGCUACGACGUCGAAAGACUCCACUUCAUCUUCAAAUGAUAAUGAGGAUAUUCGGCUGCUUGCCAAACGAUGCUUGUCUCUUCUUAGAGCCCGCUCCGUAUGCUGGAUAUCCUCUGUAAGUACAGCGACAUCUGCAGGCGCCGUGACAUCUGCAAACGCAGCUCCAGACAUCAAGACUCCCGUUCUUUCGUCCCCUUUACUCGAUCUGUCUUCGGCCAACUCCAUUGCUUUGCCGGUAACAGCAACAAUGGCAGCAACCCCGGAGCCAGUGGAACUCGCACCGGUGCAAAAACAAAUCUUGGAAAAAAUCAAAGACGUUGUUAAUUCAUCUCCAAGCAAAAAGGAGUCAUCAUCAAAACCCCCUUCAGCCAAAGAUACCAUCCUCAAAGAGCCAUAUAAAUCUUCCUCAAAAUCCGAGCCUUCUAAAAAGGAAAGCUCUUCGAUUAAGGAGGAAAGAAUGAGAGGAGCGCCCUUCCCACGCGGACCAUUAAAGGAAAGGCGAUCUGGCCAAGCCGAUGUGCCACGUUCUAACGUUCCGGGCGAUAGUCUACGCCCCGGCGUCAAUGAAUCUUCCCGUGCGCCCAUAGGCGACUCGACAGCUCAUCAUCGUAGUCAUCGUUUUGAAGAUGAGGAUCGCUCUUCCUCCUCCUCAUCCUCGUCAAGGCCUGCAAUAAGGUCCUUUUCAUCUUCAUCCUCUUCUUCUGACAGAAAGCGUCGCCAGGACCCAAGGAUGCCCUCGCGUCGUUAUUAG